AUGCAUGCGCUAAGCUUGACUGUUAAUCGAGGUCUUGCGCGUUGUAUUGUUUGCGGAUGUGCCAAUGUUGUUGCAACUGAUAAGUCCGUAUCACAUACCACUCCUUCAUGCUUUACUGACAAGCCCCAGCUCUGUGGGAGAGCCAGCAAAAUGUUAUUGCUAUAUGCUCUUUUCUGCCAACCUACCAUCAGAUAG